UUGAAAAAAAAUACGAGUCACAGCUUCGUGAGCUCUGUUGAGAAUCGUCCACAAAAAUAGUUUUCUGCAGCUGACGUGAUAUUUCUGUCAACCCCCUUCAACUAAAGUCGAUUUUUUUCGUGAAAUAAAAAAAGACAAACAGAAGAAUUUUCAAGUAUAUUACGAAGCGAAAAGGGGACGAACUGCGUUGGUAAAUUAUAAUCAACCGAGAAAACGUGGUUUUGGCACAACCGAAAAACAAUUGACAGAACAAAGUAAGAAGGGAAUAAAAGCGGUUGCUUUUUUUUCUAUCGUGGAAAAAUGGAUAAACAAACUAAUGCUGAAGUUCCAGCUGCUGCAGCUAACGAGAAUGGCGGCAACGUUAACCAAGAAGUCUCAUCUACAACACAACCCGCAGAACCAACAAAGCGUUCUCUCCGUGUUCAAACCUGGAAGAAAUUCAGUGAGAACAAAUGUGGUGUACGUUAUAGCGCUAUUUUCAAUUCUAUUCCCAAUUUUCUGCAAAGCGAUAAGGCUGCCACACUUUUGACUGAGACUGACGAUUUUAAAAAUGCUCAGAAUAUCCAAGUCAACAUGGAUCGCUCUUUACAUGCUGUCAAAUUACAAGUUUUGCUUGCUGACAAGAAUCUUUACUUGCCUGCAACUCGUGCAUCUAACGCAAUUGUCCUUAAGGUUGAUGUACCUGAAAAUGCUACUGAGGAACAAAAAAAGAAAUGUUUACGUGUUCAAGAUGUUCAACAGCAUCGCACUGAAAUACAUCUUGAUGAUAAGGUUAAGCUAGACAUGGUUGUUAUUGGUUCUGUUGUUGUAUCGCGUGAUGGUUAUCGAAUUGGACGUGGCAAUGGUUUCGCUGACCUUGUUGUUGGUGUACUUAUUGAAAGUGGUGCAAUAACUCCAGAGACAAUAAUUGUUACACUCGUUCAUGAUAUCCAGGUCGUUGAUAGUUUGCCCACCAAUUUGUUUCAAAAAUAUGAUACACCAGUUGAUUUGAUUGUAACUCCCACUGAAGUUAUACGUGUUACCAAUCGUUUACCACGUCCCACUGGCAUUUAUUGGGAGUUGCUUUCUGAGCGUCGCAUUAAAAUUGUAACAUCCUUGCAGGCCCUCAAAGACUUUCAGAUUAAAGCUGGUAAAGAAAUCACACUUAAGGAUGAGGAUACCGAUAUCGAACAAAAUCAAGUUAAUCGCAAUCGCCGUCGUGAAACUUAUCGUCGUCGCGUUGGUGGACGUAGAUAUCCACGUCGUGCUACAUCUCAAACUGACACCGAACAGCAAGGCAAUGAAAACCAACAGAAACGCAAUCCCCGUCGUCAACGUCGUUUCUUUAACCGCAGACGCCGUCCAACAAAGUCUGAAGGUGAUCAAUCUGCUGCUGAAGGAAAAAGCCAGGAUCGUAGAGGUGGUGCUGGCGGUGAUCGUCCUGAACGCAAGCAUAAACCAAGUAAUCGUCCCUCCCGUGAUUUUUGCAUUAAAUUAUCUAAUAUAUCACGUGAAGUGCGCGUUAAAGAUCUCAAGACCGAAUUGCGCAAGCGUGAAUGCAAUCCACUCUACAUCACCUGGAAGGGACACAGGGGUAAAUGCUUUUUACACUUUGGUAAUCGUAAUGGCACUCCCAGCACUGAAGAUGACAUCAAUAAGGUGCUAAACUCAUUGAACGAGCUUUCAUUGACUGUUAAUACUGAAGAUAACAGUGGCAAUGGUGAUACCCCACAAACUGAUAAGGCUCCAUCGACCAAAGUUGUUAAUGUUAAUGUUAAGCUAAUUAAGUUCGAUGAUAAAAAGAAGAAUGGUGCUACAGAUGAGAGUGGUGAGGCUGGUGCUACACGUAUUGAGUCUGUAGACACCACCACUGUAUAGUAUGAAUUUCAAGCUGUUUUAAAACGGCUGCUCGUUUGAUUAGGAAUCUUGGAAUUACGUAUGUAACAAAACGAAAUUGUUAAACAAACGCUUUAAUUUAAUUGUUGUGAUUCUUUUUGAAACUGAAAACAAAAAAAUGGAUGUGUUCCAUAGAUAAAAAACAAAAAUUAGUAUUUAAGCAAUCGCAAUUCAAUUAUUACAAUUUUAUGCAACAAUUUACAGCAAAUUUCUAUUACUUAGGUUAAUAACAUAAUUGCUGAUUCUAUGCCAAUAUUAAUGUUGAAUUUAA